AAGUCUAUGUGCCACUGUCAACUAUGUUGACUCAAUACACUGAACAUAAACAAAAGACAUGGUAGCUUAGCACAGUGAUUGUUGAUUGUAAAUUUUUAGUUUGUUUCAUGUUUUUAUGUUCAAUUACGUUUAAAAUGACUACUCGAAAAUUGCCCAAGUGGUUGGAGGAUUGCAAAAACAAAUCCAGCAAUUCUACGAGCGACAAUGCUAACGUCGAACUCGGUGAAAGUAAGAGAAAAUGAUAAUCCUCGUACUGGCUACAGACUACGAAGUAGUGGGAUAAAGUCAGAAAGCCCAAAGGAUAAUUACAAAGACGAAGACGAAGAGUUCUUAUCGAGUACUCAGCAUUUACCAUUUGUCGAAUAUACAGGUCGGGUUGAAUAUUACACUGACUUCCAUGACAUAGCUAUCGCUUCCGAUGAACUGAUGAAAUGGGUUGACGCACAAGACAAAGAUAUUGUUCCGAUUGCCUUUGACAUGGAAUGGCCCUUCUCCUUCCAAACAGGUCCUGGAAAAUCGGCGGUUAUUCAACUGUGCGCAGAAGUAAAUGUGUGCUACGUUUUUCAUAUAAGUCAAUUGAAGAAACUUCCAGCUGCACUGGUUCAUUUUUUACAGCAUUCCAAAGUUCGUCUCCAUGGUGUGAACAUAAAAAACGAUUGCCGUAAGCUUGGAAGAGAUUUCGAAGAAGUUGAUUCUCAGUUAAUGAUUGAUCAUUGUGUUGAUCUGGGAGUAUGGUGUAACAAAGUAAUUAACAGUAGUGGUCGUUGGAGCAUGGCACGUCUAGUUUGCCAUAUAUGCAAACUGCAAAUAAACAAAGAUCCUAAGGUCCGAAUGAGCAAGUGGCACAUACAACCUUUGACUAAAGAGCAGCAAAUAUAUGCAGCGAUAGACGUUUAUAUAGCUCAAGUAAUUUACUACGAUCUCGAGCAGCGACAACAAGAGAAAAUCGAAAAAGAAAAGGCAUUCGUCGAAAAGUACGGAGAAGAGGCGUACAAAUUGGUGAUGAACCUAUCGUAAUCAAGCAGACGUACCAUCCACAUCUAUCCACAUUUUGUUAAUAAUGAGACUAGUGCAUAUUCUACGGGCUGGAACAUUAGACUAUGCCAAUGGACUGAAACUUCAACAAAAAAUUGCAGCACAAAUCAACGAAGCGAAUCGUUUUAAAAAUAUUUUAAUUCUUACCUCUCAUCCUCCCGUCUACACGAUUGGCAUUCGAACCACCAACUAUACCAUUAACGAUGAGGAACGACUGCGAAAACUGGGUGCUCAGUUCUUCAAAACAAACCGCGGUGGACUGAUCACAUUUCAUGGUCCCGGGCAGAUGGUCGUCUAUCCCAUACUGAAUUUAAAAGACUUCAAGCCGAGUAUGCGUUGGUACGUGUGUCACAUCGAAAAAACAAUAAUUGAUUUAUGCAAAGAGUUCGGCAUCUCGGCGAAUACAUCGGCGGACACUGGAGUUUGGGUUGGCGAUAAGAAAAUUUGUGCUAUUGGAGUGCAUGGCAGCCGAUAUAUUACCACCCAUGGCCUGGCGUUGAAUUGUAAUACGGAUUUAAAGUGGUUCGAUCAUAUUGUUCCGUGUGGUAUUGAGGGCAAGGGGGUUACAUCGGUUAGUUGUGAACUGAACCGUGACGUGAGCAUUGACGAGGUGGAGGAUCCGUUUCUUCGAAGUUUUAGUAAAAUAUUUGAAUGUCAAUUUGAGGACUUAGAUGUGGAUGAUAAAUUAAAUUUUUU